UGGAAAUUUCCCUGAGAGGGGGCGGAGCGUAAGUAAACCGGUAACCGAGCCUCCUGCACGUUGCUAGUGUUCUGGCAGCAGCCGUUAAGGUGAUUCGGAAGAAAUCACUCGGUUCUCACGCAACAUUUAUUAUUUUUUUAUUGAUAAUUGAACCCACUGAGAUUUCCAGUUGACCAAAGAAAUGGUGAUGGAGAAGCCAAGUGCCCAGCUGGUCGGGCGAGAGUUUGUCCGACAGUAUUACACACUCCUGAACCAGGCCCCCGACUACCUGCACAGGUUUUAUGGAAAGAACUCGUCCUACGUGCACGGAGGCCUGGACAGCAACGGAAAACCAGCCGAGGCCGUUUAUGGACAGUCUGAGAUCCAUAAGAGGGUGAUGGCUCUGAGUUUCCGGGACUGUCACACAAAGAUCAGACACGUGGACGCUCACGCGACCCUGAACGAGGGCGUCGUGGUGCAGGUGAUGGGUGAACUGUCCAACAACAUGCAGCCCAUGAGGAAGUUCAUGCAGACCUUCGUUCUGGCCCCUGAGGGCACCGUUGCAAACAAAUUCUACGUCCACAACGACGUGUUUCGUUACCAAGACGAGGUGUUCGGUGACUCUGACUCUGAGCCUCCAGAAGAGUCUGAGGAUGAGGUGGAGGAGCUGGAGGAGAGAGUUCCUUCCCCUGACGUCGCCACAGAAGAGUCUGCUCCCUUCUACGACCCGACGCCCUGCUCGGAGCCGACGGUUCCCGGUGACGACGAUGAAGUCGCUGUGAGUCCGGAGCCGGAGCCUGAGAAAGAGGCCGAGGCGUCUGUGGUGGAGCUGAAGUCAGAGUCGCUGCUGGAGACGCAGACGGACGCACAGACGACCGACGACCAGACAGAGAAAAGCCCCGCGGCCGCCGCCCCCCCCACAGAACCCGCCUCAGCCCCCGCUGAACCCGCCCCCGCCGCCCCAGAGGAAAACAGGCCGUUCUCCUGGGCCUCGGUCACCAGUAAGAACCUCCCCCCCAGCGGCGCCGUCCCCGUCUCAGGAAUCCCCCCACACGUCGUCAAAGUCGCCCCCACAGCACCCCCCAGAGUGGAGGUGAAGUCAGAGACUCAGACAGCAGCACAGAGGCCACAGAGAGACCAGAGGCCGAGAGAACAGAGGCCUGGAGGUCCCCCCCCGGCCCACAGAGGACCCAGACCAGUGCGGGAGGGCGAGCAGGGCGAGUCUGAGGGUCGCAGGGCCGUCAGGUACCCGGACGCCCACCAGCUCUUUGUGGGCAACGUCCCUCAUGACGUGGACAAGACGGAGCUCAAAGAAUUCUUUGAACAGUACGGUACAGUCCUGGAGCUCAGGAUCAACAGCGGAGGGAAGCUUCCCAACUUCGGCUUCGUCGUGUUUGACGACUCUGAGCCCGUACAGAAGAUCCUCAGCAACCGGCCCAUCAAGUUCAGAGGCGACGUCCGUCUGAACGUGGAGGAGAAGAAGACCCGGUCGGCCCGGGAGGGCGACAGGCGCGACGUGAGGCCCCGGGGUCCCGGGGGUCCCGGAGGCCCCCGGGAGAGAAUAGGAGGCGGCGGCGGAGGAGGAGGCGGAGGAGGCCCCCGCGGCCCCCCCACCCGCGGAGGCAUGUCACAGAAACCCAGCUUCGGCUCCGGACGGGGCGCCGGGCCCAGCGAGGGCCGCUACUCGGCCCCGCGCCAGUGAAGGCGCCGCCUCCAAACCCGAGUUAGAUUUACUGUUUGGAUUUACUUGAGUGGUUUAAUCUCCUGCCGCAGGAACUGAUUGGACAGAGCAAAAUUUUCAAAGAAAAAUCCCUUUUCUUUCUUUUUCUUUUUUUUUUUUUUUUGGUUUUGUUUUUUUACUCUGCACCCAGGAGACAAAAUCAGCAGGAAUUAAAUAACCGAAGUCACGUUCUGCCGCGUUGCUGAAUUCUGACUCGUUUCCUCCUCGUUUCUCCUAAAAGUUCAAGUAUUUAUUAGGGAUUCGUUUCUGUAACUGACGCAGGUUUGGUCGAGAGCUUUUCACCAUCACGUCACGCCAGCUCCUGCUGAAUUCAAGCGCCAUCGUCCUCGACAUGUGUCUCUCAUGAAGAUGGCUGCCUCCCCCCUCCUUCCCCCUCCUCCCCCCUCCUCCCUCCUCCCCCAGACUCAUUCUUCUUCUUUCUCACCUGCUGCUUUUCCGUUAUUCCAGGACAUCACUCUCGUUCACCUUUACCUUCCUCCUGUUCUCUUCGUCCUUCACCAACACAUGUAUUAUCUGGACUAAUGUCACACGUUAUUUAUUUUUUUUUUUUGUUUAGUUUUUUCAUGCUGAACUUGAAUUUAUUAAGAAACAAAAAACAAAACACGCAAACACAUGAGAAAAAAGGGGUAACUACUACUUGAAUUGGGGAUUAAAAAACCCAGAGGUUCGGUUUUUUUUUCGCGUUCUCUCUCCCUGUUUCUUAAAGGAACGUGUACUUUACUGCUUGGGCAAUCCUGUGUAUUGCUGCCACCGUUGUACCUAGCGAUGGAUCUGUCUUAUCUUUUUAAUUCUAUCAGGUCAAGAGCUGAACUGUAGUUUUUAUUUGAGUAAUAAUGUUGGCUUGUACUAUGUGGAUUCACAGACGCGUCUGAAUGGAGCAUGUAUCAAAAAAAAUCCUUUAUCAACCUGUUAAGCGACCGAUGCACUUCAUUUGUCAUCAUGUUUGAACUGAGCUCACCUGCCGAUGAGAGAACUAAAUUAAAAGUGAUACUGUUUUAAAAAAAA